AUGAGUCUGCUAAACUGUGAAAACAGCUGUGGAUCCAGCCAGGCUGACAGUGAGUGCUGUGCGGCCAUGGCCAGCUCCUGCAGCACCGCAGCCAAAGAUGACAGUGUGAGCGGGACCGCCAGCACAGGGAACCUGUCUAGCUCCUUUAUGGAAGAGAUCCAGGGGUACGACGUGGAGUUCGACCCACCCCUGGAAAGCAAGUACGAAUGCCCCAUCUGCUUGAUGGCAUUGCGGGAGGCAGUGCAAACACCAUGUGGCCAUCGGUUCUGCAAAGCCUGCAUCAUCAAGUCCAUAAGGGAUGCAGGCCACAAAUGUCCAGUGGACAAUGAGAUCCUGCUGGAAAAUCAACUGUUUCCUGACAAUUUUGCAAAACGAGAGAUUCUUUCUCUGAUGGUGAAGUGUCCUAAUGCAGGUUGUUUACACAAGAUGGAACUAAGGCAGCUAGAGGCCCAUCAAGCACUUUGUGACUUUGCUCUUGUGGAUUGUCCCCAGUGUCAGCGUCCCGUCCAAAAGCGCCAGGAGAAAAUGCACAUGCGCUUGGAGUGUCCAAGGAGACAGAUUUCUUGUGGGAACUGCUUAAAAGUCAUCCCUUUUGAAGAGAAAGAGAUCCAUGACCAGAAUUGUCCCUUGGCCAAUGUCAUCUGUGAAUACUGCAACACCAUGCUCAUCCGAGAACAGAUGCCUAAUCAUUAUGAUCUGGACUGUCCUACAGCCCCGAUUGCGUGUACCUUCAGUAUUUUUGGUUGCCUUGACAAGAUGCAGAGGAAUCACCUGGCGCGCCACCUGCAGGAGAACACUCAGUCGCACAUGCGGAUGCUGGCCCAGGCCGUUCAGAACCUGAGCCUCGCCUUAACUCCUGCCGUGCCUCCGUGUGACGUACAUCCAUACGAGUCUUCCUCUGGGUGCCAUCCAGAGGUCCGGGAUUUCCAAGAAACCAUCCAGCAGUUAGAGUCUCGCCUCGUAAGACAAGACCAUCAAAUCCGAGAGCUGACUGCGAAAAUGGAAACUCAGAGCAUGUAUGUCGGUGAGCUCAAGCGAACGAUCCGGACCCUGGAGGACAGAGUCACCGAAGCAGAAGCGCAGCAGUGCAGCGGGAUUUACCUCUGGAAGAUCAGCAACUUCUCGAUGCACUUGAAAUCUCAAGAAGAGGAGAGGCCCGUCGUCAUCCACAGCCCUGGCUUCUACACUGGCAAACCUGGUUACAAACUGUGCAUGCGCCUCCACCUCCAGUUACCAACAGCCCCGCGCUGUGCAAACUACAUCUCCCUCUUUGUCCACACGAUGCAGGGCGAGUAUGACAGCCACCUGCCUUGGCCCUUCCAGGGCACAAUCCGCCUUACGAUUCUAGACCAGUCAGAAACACCCAUAAGGCAAAACCAUGAGGAGAUCAUGGAUGCCAAGCCAGAGCUGCUCGCCUUCCAGCGUCCCACAAUCCCACGGAACCCAAAGGGCUUUGGCUACGUGACGUUCAUGCACCUGGAUGCCUUAAGACAAAGAACCUUCGUUAAGGAUGAUACAUUACUGGUGCGCUGUGAGGUCUCGACCCGCUUUGACAUGGGCAGCCUCCGCAGGGAGGGCUUUCAGCCCCGAAGUACUGACGCAGGGGUAUAG